AUGAAAAUCCUGCUUUGUGAUCUCCUGCUGCUCAGCCUCUUCUCCAGCGUGUCCAGCAGCUGCCAGAAGGACUGUCUGACCUGCCGGGAGAAGCUCCGCCCAGCUCUCGACCCCUUCAACCUUGAGGUGUGCAUCCUUGAGUGUGAAGGGAAGGUCUUCAGCAGGCCUCUCUGGACUCCGUGCACCAAGGUCAUGACCAGGGGCUCCUGGCAGCUCAGCCCUGCUGACCCAGAGCACGUGGCAGCUGCCCUUUACCAGCCAAGCGCCUCCGAGAUGCAACUGAAGCGCAUGCCUCGCAUCAGGAGCCUAAUCCAAGCCCAGAAAGGGACAGAGCCUGGCAUGGAUGAGGCUGGAGAGAUGGAGCAGAAGCAGCUGCAGAAGAGGUUCGGUGGCUUCACCGGGGCCCGGAAGUCGGCCCGGAAGUUGGCCAACCAGAAGCGGUUCAGUGAGUUUAUGAGGCAGUACCUGGUCCUGAGCAUGCAGUCCAGCCAGCGCCGGCGCACCUUGCAUCAGAAUGGUAAUGUGUAG